AGGGUUUUAUUUCUUCCCACGGUAGAUGAUCUAAACGAAGAACCGAACGUCGUUCCACUGCAUUGUACAAACUCAGAGAGAGAGAGCGAGAGAAAUGGUGGGUGCCUUCUGGGGAACGAGAGUGAUAGAGAUAGUGAAGAAGCACGAUUCGGGAGGUCUAGUGUGGAAGCGAAUCAAGCUCACCCCUACUCGCAAAGCCAACGCCAAGAAGCGCCUUCUCCGCGUUUGGCAGAAUGAAGCUGUCCUUAGGGCAUGCUCUGAACCAACUCCUUCGAAAACUUCAGGGACGGGUACUGAUGUAGCUGGUGAUACAGACAGCAGGAGCAGCUGAGUCAGUGGGCAAUAUGAGUAAGGAACAUUUAGCGAACCUGAAAGGAAUAUUUUGAUAAUUAUUGGCCUCAUAGUGCGAUGUUUGUUUGAUUUAAAAUUUAGUUGGAUAUUGUAAACUGACCACUAUUUUGGUCUUUCUACAAUAUAAUUUUGUAACUGUUAUGUGUAUCUUGUUAAUGGAAGUUUUUUAGUAGCUUCUUAGUGGUUG